CAUUACUUGUGCAGGAACUGGCUCGACACCGCAGAAAUCUGCUAACGGAGCAAAUUUACACGAAAACAACAGUUUCCUGUGGAUUAAUUCGGGGGCGAGACGUUAACUCGAAGCAAGUAAACCUUUAAGCCACUUUGGAUCGAUUGACGAGGAUUGGACGUCGCCUACUGAACGUUUUUACCACCGAAUGGUGUCUCCUGCCCCGCCGCUAAGGUUGCAGGCUAAAAGACACGGCCGAUAAUGCGCGGCAGCUUCUUUACAGCCACACCCUCUGCCUGCUUGUAGAGGAAGCGGCUGUGCCAGCAUGUCCUCUCAUCCCCAGUCUGUGCAGCCGGGCCGAAGACCUGUGGACGCAAGGCACCUGCACAACCCUGCCAAUCUACCCCUGCAGUCGCAGCGGCCACACAUGGAAGUGGGGUUGGUUGAUUACCAUUCUCAUCACGCCAGGGACUACAGCUCUCACCUGGCCCAGCCACAUCGCCGUCGGCCUUCCUUACUUUCAGAGUUCCAGCCUGGGAAUGAAAGAGGACAAGAGCAGCACAUCCGUUAUGAGCACAUCUACCUGUCGGAGGGCCCUGGCCAAUCAGAGGUGGACUAUGGAGAGAUCAAACGUCCGCGUUUAGAGAUGGGAUCAGACUCUCUGAUGAGGUCGCUGUCCCACCGGCAGCCGUUACCUCUCGGAGGGGCCGAGGACAUGACAAAGGAGCGUGGCAGUGCUAUUGGGAAGCUGGAGCCCGUCUCCCCUGUGAGCCCAGUCCAUAUGGACACAGACUUGGAUCUGGUUCCAGCUCGAUUUUCCAAGGAGGAACUGAUUCAGAACAUGGAACGUGUGGACAGGGAGAUUACCAUGGUGGAGCAGCAGAUCUGCAAGCUUCGCAAAAAGCAGCAACAGCUGGAGGAGGAAGCUGCUAAGCCCCAUGAACCCGAGAGGCCCAUCUCACCGCCACCCAGUGAGGCCAAGCACCGCAGCCUGGUGCAGAUUAUCUACGAUGAGAACCGAAAAAAGGCAGAAGAGGCUCAUAGGGUACUGGAGGGGCUGGGGCCCAGAGUGGAACUGCCUCUGUACAACCAGCCAUCUGAUACCAAACAAUACCAUGAGAACAUCAAAAUAAACCACGCCAUGAGGAAGAAGCUCAUCUUGUAUUUUAAAAGGAGAAAUCACGCUCGUAAGCAGUGGGAACAGAAGUUUUGCCAGCGCUAUGACCAGCUAAUGGAGGCCUGGGAGAAGAAAGUGGAGCGCAUUGAAAACAACCCACGACGCAGGGCCAAAGAGAGCAAGGUGCGGGAGUACUACGAAAAACAGUUCCCAGAGAUCCGCAAACAAAGAGAGAUGCAGGAGCGAAUGCAGAGCCGUGUUGGGCAGCGAGGAGGCGGACUGACCUCAUCUGCAGCCCGCAGUGAACAUGAAGUCUCCGAAAUCAUUGAUGGAAUAUCAGAGCAUGAGAACACCGAGAAACAAAUGCGCCAGCUGGCGGUCAUCCCUCCUAUGCUGUUUGACGCCGAGCAGCAACGCAUUAAGUUCAUUAACAUGAACGGACUGAUGGACGACCCCAUGAAAGUUUACAAGGAUCGACAGGUUAUGAACAUGUGGAGCGAGCAGGAGAGGGACACUUUCCGAGAGAAGUUCAUCCAGCAUCCUAAAAACUUUGGCCUGAUAGCCUCGUUUCUAGAGAGAAAGACGGUGGCAGAGUGUGUGCUCUUUUACUACCUGACCAAAAAGAAUGAAAACUACAAGAACAUAGUAAGGAGGAACCGACGAAGAGGGAGAUCCCUGCAUGGCCAGCAGCAACAACAGCAGCAGCAGCAACAGCAACAGCAGCAACAGCAGCAGCAGCAGCAGCAGCAGCAACAACAACAACAACAGCAACAACAGCAACAAGUGAACAGGAACAGCCAGGACGACAAGGAGAAGGAGGAAAAAGAGAAGGAGGGAGAGAGAGAUGAAGAGAAAAAUGAAGCUGAAGACAAAGAGGAUGGAAUGAAGGAUGACACUUCUGGAGAAGAUGCAGAGGACAAGGAGCCCACUGUGGCAUUUAAGGGAAGAAGAACAGCCAACAGUCAGGGCCGCCGCAAAGGCCGCGAUACCCGCUCCAUGAACAGUGAAGGAGAGGAGACCACCACACCGCCACUCAACAAUGAGCUAGCCAAUCUGGAAAUGAAUGAGAGCUCUCGCUGGACUGAAGAAGAGAUGGAAACAGCCAAAAAAGGCCUUCUCCAGUAUGGUAGGAAUUGGUCCGCCAUCUCCAAGAUGGUGGGAUCAAAAACCGUGUCGCAGUGCAAAAACUUCUACUUCAAUUACAAGAAGAGGCAGAAACUGGAUGAGAUUCUGCAGCAGCAUAAAAUGAAAUCGGAGAAAGAACGAAAGGCCCGUCGGAGGGGGAAAGCCUCGCAGAAUGAAGAGGCCAGUGCCCCGUAUCCUGCAGAGGAGGAGGAGAUUGAGGGUUCAGGAGCCAGCUGCAAUGAAGAGGAAGCUCCCGAGGAUGGAGAAGGCGGGGCAAACAACAGCUCGGACACAGAGAGCCUGCCCUCGCCACACUCCUCUGAGGACAGCAAGGCUAAAGAGGAAGGGACCAGCAGGCCUAAGGGCUCCUCCAACCCUGUGGAGCGGGAGGAUGAUAAGUCAGGCAUGGGCCAGGCAGGGGAUGAGAAGCCUCCUGUCAAGCAAGAGGUGGAGUCAACUAUUAAGCAGGAGAUAAAGACUGAAACAGGGGAGCCCAGCAAAGAAGUGCCACAACCGGUACCGCCCAACGAUGCCACGGAUAAAAAACCUCCAAGAGUCGAGAAGGAGGAAUUUAAAACCUCCAAGAGCUCCAGAAAGGAGCAUGUGACCAAAUCAGGUCUGCAUGGAGACAGUGACUCUAGUGCCACUUGUAGUGCUGAUGAGGUGGAGGAGACAGACAAUGCAGAUAAAAAAAGGAUGAUGUCUCCACGGCCCAGCCUGCUGAACUUCUCCCACGAUGGGGUCAUAUCGUCUCUGCAAAAGCCCAUGGAUUUGAAACAACUCAAACAGAGGGCUGCAGCUAUCCCACCCAUUAUGCCAGAGGCCUCUGUGCAGGGCACUCAGUGGAGUGGGAAAGCAGUGCAGCCCCCCCACGCCUUGGCACUGUACCAGGAGCAGAUCACCAUGGCUCAUGGGGAGUCCUCUCAAGAAGUCAAAAUGCAGCAACAGCAGCAGCCUUCAGGCCAACUCAGCAAGCAGCAGUCUUAUACCCCUCAGGCAGACAGAGAGCGAGAGGGUCUUCUCUCCAGCAGCCCUCGAGUCCGCCCUCGAAGCCCCUCCACCAGUGAAAAGGACGAAAAGUCCCAAGCUUUCUCUCCGCAUGGUGACGCCAAGAAGCAGGUGCUGGGCCCUGAUGACCUGAGAACCUCAAACUUGGGUCGCCCAGUUCUCUCACCGUACUCCAUGCCCCCCCGAGACAUGGCCAAGAUCAGUCACGACCAACACCUGCUCCACUUCAACGCGUUCCAACAGGUAGGCCACCCUUCGUUCUCCGGUCUGCCGCAGGAUAGUGUGCGGUUAGCAGCAGUGAGACCGCUCUCAAUGCCAGACCCUCCACCUCUCAUUUCCUCUAACAAGCCUGGAGGCUCUAUCACACAGGGAACUCCAGUGCAGUUGCACAGUGCAGCCCAUGGGAUGGAUCAUACAAAGAUGCCCCCCGCAGCAAUAGGGUUGUCUUGGAUGGAGAAGAAAGCUGCAGGUCCCUUCCCAGUGGUGAAGCAGGAGCAGUUGUCUCCUCACAGCUCCUCCCAAGCUGACAACUUGUCAAACCCGGGGCCACCUCACGAUAGCUCCUCUACGCGUGCCGUCCAAGGAGGCAGCAUCACCAAGGGUCUUCCUGGGACCAGAAUACACCCGGAGUCUGCAGUUUCCUACCGAGGGGGCUCCAUCACACAGGGGACACCAGCAGAUGUGCUGUAUAGAGAAACCAUAACACGUCUGAUCUCAGAGGACAGUUCCAGCCGAUCUGAGAGGGAGAGGGAUGAGGCACCGGCUAAAGGACAGGUCCUCUACGAGGGCAUUAGCGGGCAGAUCCUCACAUAUGACCGGCCGCCAUCCCAGACUCCUAAAGAAGAUGGCCGAGGUUCAGGUCUGUCUGGAGAAAUUAUAGGUCUGAAGCGCUCCUAUGAUGUCAUGGAAGGAGGCAGAGGGCUGCCAAUGAGAGACUCUUUGUCUGCUGCCAAUUGUGAAGGUCUGAUCAGUCGUGCCAUGCCUUAUGACAGAGACAGCCCGCAUCACACACCUUACAAGGAUGCUCAUCAUAUCCGAGGCUCCAUCUCACAAGGUAUACCUCGCCAUCUAGACGCUCAGGACGCCUACAUGAGGAGGGAAGCUAAGCAGAUAAGGCGAGAGGCCUCCCCACCUCGUGGUGCUAGUUCUCUUUCUGACCCAAUGAAGGGCAGAGAGGCCAUUGUGCCCACAGUGAAGGAGGCUGGACGCUCAAUCCACCUCAUUCCAAGAGAUGAGCUCAGACAACCUGCCAAGGAGGGCAUCAUAUCACAGGGAUCGGCUGUAAAGCAGGAUGCCGCUGGUGCUGGGAAACGCCAUGAUGUCCGCUCCAUUAUAACCAGUUCACCACGCUCCUAUCACAGUCCAACCUCCAUUCUGGACAUGCGUCCUGACAGAAGUCGAUAUGAGGAGGGGCCUAAGGGACGGCCCUGUGCAGUGGUCAGUACAGCUAGCCCGAUACCCCGCUCUUCUCCGCUCACUCUGGGGUCAGAGCAGGGAAGCAAAGCACAUCACAGCCCGAUGGGUUAUGAGGAAAAAGGUGCGAUAAGGACCCCUUACCCUGGACCCUCACAUCGUGGAUCCCCACUGCCCAGGGAAGCAGGUCAAAGGCAACAUGAAGGGUCUGGAAAGAAUCCCUCCCAGGAGCGUAAAGCCACACCAACUCCCAGAGAGAUGAGGGCCACCAAGUCGCCUCUUACUAGUGUUGCAGAUCAGCUGGCCUAUGAGCGUCUACUCCCCGGCCUGGGAGCUUCAGACAUGUAUCGCAUCCCUUUAUCCUUCGAUCCUUCAGCACUGCCUCGUGGUAUCCCUAUUGACCCAGCAGCUUACUACUUGCCUCGCCACUUGGCUCCCAAUCCGGCGUACCCUCAUACUUACCCCUACCUCAUCCGCGGGUUCCCCGACACGGCAGCUCUGGAGAACCGUCAGACUCUGAUAAACGACUACAUCACCUCCCAGCAGAUGCACCAGUGGCCUGCGGCCGCCAUGGCUGUACAACGCUCAGACCUGCUAAGAGGCCUAGCUCCACGAGACCAGCCCCUUCCUCUGUCCUAUUCUGCUGCCCCACGUGGGAUCAUUGAUCUUUCUCAGGUGCCACAUUUACCGGUCCUGGUGCCUCCGUCAGCAGGGACGGCCGGGUCCCCGAUGGAUCGCAUUACUUACAUCCCUGGGACAAACACCGGAUACCCUGCCGGGCCUUACACCACCUCACCCAUCUCUCCCGUUGGCUCUUCACACAUAAGCAAAAUGCAGAGCACAGCAUCUUCAGAGCGUGAGCGGGAAAGAGAUCGUGAACGGGACAGGGAUCGAGAAAGAGAGCGAGAGCGAGACAGAGAGCGGGAGCGGGAAAACCGGGAACGAGAGAGAGAUCGGGAAAGGGAGCGAGAUCGGGACAGGGAAAGAGACAGAGACAGAGAGAGGGGAGGAUCUUUGGGAAAUGUGGAGCACGCCCCCAUCUGGCGACCAGGUACAGAACCCAGCUUGUCCAGCAGCAGUGGGAGACCUGCAUCCCAACCAUACAGCCACCAGCACUCCCCAGUGUCUCCUCGUACCCAGGAGAACGUGCAGCAGAGGCCAAGCGUGCUACACAACACUGGGGGCAAAAGUCUUUCAGUCAGUGAACACUCAUCAGUGUUACGGACCAUGCCCUCAGGGCCAUCUCGCUACCAAGGUUUUCAUGGCACCUUCCAAAAAACAGGUGUGCCCCCUGAUGCCUACCAAUCUGCCAUGGACUCAAAUGUAGCCAAAGAGCAGAAUCGCGAUGGAGGCAAAUCCAGGGGAGGCUUGCCCAAACACCUGCAGGACCAGCAUGGGACCUCCAGUAAAUCUGACCCCAAGCUUUGCGGUCCCAGUCCAGGAGGAAUAUACCCCAGUUCCUAUCCCAUUGCUUUGGGCCGUCUCCAGCAUCUGCUUCCUUCCCAGUCGGAUAACCCUUCUGGCCGUGAAGAAAGUGGCACUCCUAGUAGAGAAAAGAAUCAAAACAAGCCGAUGUCCGUACAGGAACAAGACCUCCGAUCACUCGCUCCACUACAAGGUCUCUAUCGACCCCCUUCAGAGGAGAGACUCUCUCCAGGCCAACAGCCCCCUUCCCCAUGUGUCAAAGGCAGCCAAAGGGUGGUCACUUUGGCACAGCACAUCAGCGAGGUGAUCGUUAAAGACUACACCAGGCAGAGCCAGCAGCAGCAAAGCUACCAUGGCUCUCCUGUUCUGGACCUGACCCGUCCACCCAGUGCCUCCCAGCCCCCUCCCACUUCACAGGAGUCUGCUCAAGGGACCCGCUAUUCAGAGGGUUUCGGUGGGGAAUGUAACAGAGACAAAUCUCCCCCUCACCAAAAGUCUUCACCUGUCAGUGUUUCUAAUGACGGCAUUGAACCGGUGUCUCCUCCUGGAGCCACCUCUGAACCUGAUACCCAGGGAGGGGCCUCCUACCCCAACGAGCAGGGGGAUCAAGGACUGGGCUCCCGCUCUCCUCCCAACACCUCCCAGCCUCCGGCUUUCUUCAGCAAGCUGACUGAGAACACAUCAGCUAUUGUGAAGUCUAAGAAGCAGGAGAUGAUCAAGAAGAGGACGGGGGAUGGAAGUGACCCUGAAUUCAAUGCUGGUCAGCCAGGAACAGAAAUCUUCAAUAUGCCAGCCUCCACGACUGCAGGGCCAGUGAGUGUGCGCAGCCACCCAGCUCCAGAAGCAUCUGGCAACUCUAUAGGCCUGGAGGCCAUAAUCAGAAAGGCCUUAAUGGGAAAGUACGAUGAUUCCUCUGAGGAUCGCUCCCUGUCCAGCGCUGCCAACCAAACAGGUUCUGCCAUGUCUGCAGACGGACGGGUUGAAGACUCAUUCUCACAAGGUGGCUCAAGGUCCUCAAAGAGCAGUGGGCGUUCCAACGGACGCAAAGCCAAGUCCCCAGGACCAGGUCUGUCCGGCAGUGAGAGGCCCUCAUCUGUGUCGUCAGUUCACUCAGAGGGAGACUGCAACCGACGGACCCCCCUUACCAACCGGGUCUGGGAGGACCGGCCUUUAUCUGCAGGUUCAACACCAAACCCCUUUCCAUGCAACCCGCUAACAAUGCGUUACUCCAGCGGGACGGUGUCAGCCCAUUCCCCUUCCUCUGGCCAGCAGGGUGGCCUGGGUCCUGGACCUGGUCGCUCCUGGGAGGAGGAGCCCAAGCCUCUGCUUGUUUCUCAGUAUGAAACCCUGUCUGACAGCGAGUGAGCAGAAACACUGCAGCACAUUAGGCACCAUUGUGCUGCUGCAGCUCCACCCACAGAGGCCUGCUGAGGCAGCCCUGCACCUCCUCCCUCUGUCAGCCAUAAAAAAGUCCUCCUUCAUGGAUGAUGAGGAUUGAUAAAGGGGAACUUUGUGGCUCUCUGUCUGUUCGCACUUACAUGUUAUGCAUUCACUCCAGGACUACUCUGAAGGACAAAUCACUUUUUUUUUUUUACUUUACUACUAUUCCUCACUGGCCUUACCAAUACAGACACAUCAAGCCGUAUGUUUGGUGUGUUCCGCUGUUAUGUGCUCACACCUCUGCAGAGGGAACGGCUGACUUUAGCAGCAAGGACCUCUGUUUGUUCACAGUGAACUCCACGUGCUUGUGGCCUGCUACCACUACAAGAACACAAGCAAGGACACAGAAGGAGAAUCGAUAUCUUGGUUUUUCUUGGUUUUAAUUUUUGUUUUUAUUUCUCUUUCUGGAACUCUCAGUCCAGUCCUGUGUUUUGUGAGCUGCGACUUUUAGUACAUUUUGGUGGUGAAGUUUUGCUGUCAUUUGUCGUCUGUUAUCUGCAAAGAUGUAGGGUGGGGUUGGGAUCAUAUCAGAGGUUUACAGGGUAAACUAGCGGUUCGUUGCUGAUCUCGUGUUCAAUGAGAGUCUGUGUGGGACUGGGAGGAUCUGCCUGAUGGAUGGCACUGAGGCCAGGGACACUUUCUUGCUGUUUUUGUAUAAACCAUGUCUGUGUUUGUUGGAACAGUUCUUUGCAUAUAAAGCACUUAGUUGUGGAGCUGAUCACAAUGUCAUGUUUUUUAAAGGCAGGUGAACAGCACAGAAAUCCCACUGUGGAGGUGUCUCGCUGCUUGUUAACCAUGUUCCACCUGCAGCAACAAUCACGUCGGAGUGGAAAACUAAGCCACUGCGAGUAGGUAGCAGACCAACCUUCAAAGCUGCAAAUUAGGAGUUCCCUUGCAUUAAAGAGAUGAUAAAAAAGCCAUCUUCCUAUGACCCCCGCUCUGAUGUAUUACCGGCCUCAGCUGGUCUGCUGGAGUCCCGUCUAGGAGCCCCAUGGAGGUGCUUGGAUUCAUCUCCUCAUCCUGGCAGAUUUUGUACAGUUAAGAGAUAUUCUUAGUGUUAGGUGCCAUUUAUUUUACAAAUUAUAGUGCUGAAGUUAAUUAAGUGAUGCACAAGUUUUCUUUUACCCCCCCAACUGCUUUGCAAGGGUUCAUUGUGUCCAUUAAGUCAAACGUUCUGCUAUUCUUUUUUUUUUUUCCUACAUCUGUCACUUAGCUUUUAAUGGUUUUAGUCAGUCACCCUGCACUGCUUGCAUGGACCUCCAUGAGAUGUUUCUUUUUUUUUUUUUUCACUUUUAAACCUACUACUUUAGGCGUACUUCAUGCAACUUCUUUGUCUGUACGGGUCAGAGGAAGCCAAGAGGAAGGUGAUCUGCUAAAUUAGUCUCACAUUUUCAUGCAGUAUUUCUGUGCAACCUCAAGCGGGACAUUUAGGAAGACUCUUCUAUGUCUUUAGCUUAUCUCAUCACAGCGCAGACCCGACUGUUAUAGGACUACCUCCUCUCCCUCUCCCGUCCUCAUCGUCGGCGGCGAAGCAUCCAGCAUGGCUCACCUGUCCUCUAAGCCGUGCUUUGGCGUCUCCUACUAAGACCAGUAGAGGCAGAAACACCAUCAGUUCCUCUUUACGUAUAUCGUUGCCACUGCUGAAAUGUUGGAAUGUGACGCUAAAACAGACGAAGCCAUAUCCAGCUAAAGUGAUGACUGACAUGUUGUUUUUAAAAGUACACUGAAAUGACUUUUUAACAUGCAUCCAUUUAUAUUGUUUAUUCUUACUGGGGGUUUUUUUCAUUGCACGCCUGUGUUGUCAGAAAUAAAUUGAAUCAUUGAAACCUAAAAGGACAAAGUCAAAUGCUGAUGCGUUCCAUGGACUGUCCAAUCGCAGGAGGGGGAUAAUUGACAAACAGUACAUUGUUCAACCAUUUUGUGCAUAUAUUUUUUUUUAUUAUAACCCACUGUAUAAUAUCAAGGAUUGUAUAUACAAUUGAAGAGAUGUAAAUAUUUAUGUGGCUUGCUUCAAGGGUGGUGUUAUGAAAAGAAAUAUUCACAUGGUUAAAUUCUACAUGCCCACCAGCAAGCUUUGUGGAUAGCAGUGUACAAAUGAAAAACACACAAAAAAAGUCACUGCCUUAAUGUUUAAAUAAAAAGCUUAUUGCUA